UCUCUCUCCUCCGCUCCCCGUCAUUCUCACACCAAACAUCUCCAUCUCAACUCAUCUCCAACAAGCAAGGCAGUAUCGAGUCGAGUCCUCGCACAGGCUUGGAGAAGAAGAAGGAAGAAUAGUACCACCUCGGAUCUCCAACAAGUCCGGCGCCCAGUUGAUAAGGGUUUGCAGAAGCAUUUCGAAGAUGCGGAUGAGUUGCAACGGUUGCCGGGUGCUGCGCAAGGGAUGCAGCGAAGGGUGCACCAUCCGUCCGUGCCUGCAGUGGAUCAAGACCCCCGAGGCGCAGGCCAACGCCACCGUCUUCCUCGCCAAGUUCUACGGCCGCGCCGGGCUUCUCAACCUGCUCGCUGCCGGGCCUGACCACCUCCGCCCCGCCGUCUUCCGCUCGCUCCUCUACGAGGCCUGCGGCCGCAUCGUCAACCCGAUCUACGGCUCCGUCGGCCUGCUCUGGUCGGGCCAGUGGCAGGCGUGCCAGGCCGCCGUCGAGGCCGUCCUCAAGGGCGACCCCGUCGUGCAGGUCUCCUCUGAGGCCGCCGCCGCCGCCCAGGCCACCCCGCCGCUCAGGGCCUACGACAUCCGCCACGUCUCCAAGGACGCCGAGGCCGACGCCGCCGCCAACCUGCUCCGCGUCGCGCGCGGCGGCCGCACCCGCUUCAAGCGCGCCUCCUCCAGCUCCAACUCCAAGCACGGCGCCAAGCUUGCCGGAGCAGCCGCCGCCAAGCGCGCCGCGUCCCCCAGCAGCAGCAGCCCGACGCACGAGACGGAGCCGGAGGCGGUGGUCGUCGUCGGUGACCAUGACGACGACCACCACCACCCUGCGCUGAGCCACGAGGUCCACGAGGAGUCGGCUGGCAGCCAUGACCACGACGACGACGACCAUGUGGACGACGGUGACAACAACGACAUGGCCAUCGCCGACGUGACGCCGCCGCGGGCGGGAUCGGAGGAUACCGAGGUCGAGACCGGCUCACACGUGAGCCAGGCCGAGCAGAGCCCCGUGCCGGUGGAGCACGAAGAGGGGGAGGAGGAGGAGGUCGGGCUGGAGCUCACGCUCGGGUUCCAGCCGCUCGUCGUGCGCGCCUCGAGGAGGCCUUCGUCGGCGGAGGCGCGCUGCGACCUUAGCGGCUUGAGCGCGGAGUCGAGUCGCAUCGGCCUGCGGCUCGAGCUGCCAGCGUGAGAAGCGGCGUCGCGAGCCGCGAGCUUUCUUUUAGCUGAUAGUAGACAGUUUUGGUUUCGUGCCAGAAGUGAAACAAGAACAGAGGAAAACAUCAUUAUUAGUUUUCUUUUUUUUUUUCACACCUUUUCUUUUUGCUUGCUCUGCAUCGUUGUAGGAUUCCCAUGUUCCUCCUGUCAUGUACUUGUGUGAUGUCUGCCUGUACAGACUUUCUCAGAUUCGGCUGUGACAAAACUUGUUCAAAAUCGAUAGAACAAUCCAGAUUUCUGGAGUGAAAAAAGAAGUUGAAAUCCGAUUAUUCUCCAAAGAAUUGUGAUA